GUCUUGGAUCUGAUCGCUGUGUGGGGCGAUGAGUCCGUGCUUUUGGAGCUGCGAUCGAAAAGACGGAAUGCAAAGAUCUACGAGAAGAUCUCAAAAGCCAUGACAGAGAGAGGAUACAGCCAGGAUGCAACGCAGUGCCACGUGAAAAUCAAGGAGCUGAGACAAGCGUACCAGAAGACCAAAGAGUCAAACGGACGCUCCAGAUCCCAGCCCCAGACAUGCCGUUUCUACGAGGCACUGCAUUCCAUUCUAGGUGCGGCCGCCACCACUACCCCACCACUGACCAUGGACUCUGAGGAUGGGAUAUUGUCGAUGGCCGCUUCCUCGGAGAUGUUAGCUGACGGGGAAGAUGAGGAAGGUGAGGAGGAGGAGGAGGCAGUCGACAGCGCUUACAACGCUGAUUUCCCAGACAGCCAGGAUCUCUUCAUCACCCUCACAGAUCCCCUACCGACUGUCCCCAGGUGUUAACCCGGACCCUGAAUCAGGGGAAGGAUCAGUCGCUGCGACUGUCUCCCGACCUACCCUGGCAUCCCCCUCGCAGAGGCUGGCGCAGAUUAGGCGGAGAAAGAAAAGGACACGGGACGACAUGUUUUCAGAACUUAUGGGCUGCUCCCAAGCCGAUGCGGCCCAGCAGACCCAGUGGAGGGAGAACAUGUCGCAAUACCAGCGAGCACACAGCGAACGGGAGGAGAGGUGGCGGCAGGAAGACCAGCAGGCGACUCAAACGCUGCUUGGACUAAUAAGGGAGCAAACAGACACGCUCCGGCGCCUUGUGGAUGUUCUGCAGGACUGUAGGCAGGAGGACAGAGCCCCGCUGCAGUCUAUCUCUAACUGCCCUCCCCCGCCACAAACUCCCAUACCCCCCCUCACCCAAAGUCCCAAGAAGGAGGGGCGGCAGGGGCCGUGAAAACUGUCACUCCACCCCUGAAGACCGCUCAAGUACCAGAAGGCUCUCAUUCCCAAAAAUUUGAUAAGUUCUUUCCUUCCUGCCUCACCCAAGCCCCCGUCCCAGUUUCAUCCCCUAACAGUGUA